GCCACAGUCAACAAUUACUACUUAUUUUGCCCAAUAAAAAAUAAACACUUCAAUUGUUCAUAAUAAAUAGCCAAAAGUCUUCUUUUUGAAAAUCGAUUCGCUCAUCGUUAUUUCAAAUGUCUGAAUCGAACAAUUCUUUAAACAAAGAACUUUCUUCUUCAAAUAAUACUGGGGGAGAUAAUAAAAUUAGAAUAUUCAUUCGCUCCCCGACAACACCUUUACCUGACGGUUAUUCUAUAUUAACUAAUAUUGAUUCUUCGGUUCUUUAUUUGAAACAAACAAUCUUCGAAACUCACCCUUUAAAACCUGUGGUCAGAGAUCAAAAAUUGAUCUAUAGAGGAAGAGUAUUAAGCGAUAAUGACCUGAUUGAAAGUAUUUUGAAAGACGGACUAGAAACAGACCAAACCUUUCAUUUGGUCGUUAAACCCUCCUUCCAAGCUAUUGCUGAAACGACCGGAAUACCUAUUUCCCCUCCUAAUUCUCAUUCGUCUUCUCAAAACAUUAGAUCUCAAGAUUAUACUCAAUUAUUACAACAGCAGAACGUUGCUGAUAAUGCCCAAAGUACUGGGCACUUUUAUAUACCUCAAAAUUAUGCUCAAUACAAUUCACAGAAUCAACAAUUACCGGCAACUAACCUGCAAUUUCAAUUUCCAAUGGGAUAUUAUUAUGUUAUGAUCAAUGGAUUACCUUAUCUUAUGCCAGUUCAAUAUCCAUUUCCUUAUACGUAUCCAUAUAUACAAACACAACCACAGAUGGGUGGACAAAUUCAACAACAGCCACUUGUUGCUCCAGUGGAAGAACAACAUCAUGAUAAUGCUGCAAGAAAUCAAAGAAGAGCUGCCACGUUGUGGUUAGUUGUUAAACUUGGUUUCCUUGUAUAUAUUUUUUCGCAAAAUGCUAGUGCGGAACGAAUGAUUUUGUUAUAUAUUUCUGCUUUGGUUAUUUUUCUGUACCAAACGGGUCGUUUGCGAAUAGUACGGAGACGCAGAAGAGUUUUAGUACCAUUUCAAAAUGAGUUCUUUGUUCAACAAAUGGCACAAGUUCCAGCUGUCCAUAAUCAGGCAGGAAAUCAACCAAGGCCAGAUGGAAAUCAAAAUAUUUUAAAUCAAAACAACAAUACAUCAUCAUCGUCAUCAUCGAAUACUACUUCCUCCUCAUCAAGUAGUAGUAAUAAUUCUACAGAUAACAAUAAUACACCAUCAACAUCAACAGCCGAACAACAGAACAAUAUGAAUGAUAAUGUAAAUGGAGCAAAUGAGAUUAUCGUACCGCAACAAGAGAAUGGACGAUCAAUUACUUUGCAGGAUAUUGAACAUGCAUUAUGGACCUUUGUGGCCUCUUUAAUACCCACAAAUGUUGCUCAACAGGAAGAAGUUGGGAUGUAGAUAAGGAUAGAGAUAGAUUCAAAGCAUUGCAAUUUUGUUUAAUAAUCAUGCAAAAAAUAUUCGAUUGUACAAUUAUUAGAGAUUGUACAUGAACAAAGAAAUUACAUUCUUUAUUUGUAAUAAGAUAUAAUUACAUAUUAGUUAAUAAUAAAAUUAUUAUAGAAGCAAUAAUAGUUAUUUAUAUUAAAUUAAAUAUAUUUAAUUAUCAUUCAUGACAUUAUAGUAAUGUUUUAUCUGAUCUGUUCUUUGUUA